CCUAAAAAUCCAGUUCCAUCAGAUGCCCCUAGCAAAUGCUUAUCCCAAGGGCAAGAUACCAGAGUUAUUGUUAAGGCAAUGCUUAGUUUAUCAGAAGUUCUGCUGUGCCAUUAUCGCAAUGAUGAUGACGCUUUGGAGGAAUGUGAUCUUAAGCCUAUGCAGCAAAUUAUUGACAAUCUUGAAGCCGUCAUUUUGCUAAAGAAAAAGGGUAUCACAGGGAGCUCCUCUCGUCUUGCUCGAGCGGAGGGUUCUCAACCUGAGGUUGAAGUCUCAAAUGCUGAAAUGAGCAGCCAUAAAGUCUUGACCGAUGCUAAGGAAAACGAGAGUGCCAUGAGUACAGGUUUAGACAAGCAUGAUGACAUAGUGAAAUCUUUCAGUACUUGUUUUAAAUCAUCUGAUGAAAUUGCCCAGGAGGAAGAUCCUAAAAUUCUUCUCUAUAAAAACCUGUGGGUUCAAACUGAGGCUACACUGUGUUCGUUGAAGCACGAUAUUGCUCUCAUGAAGCUGGAGAUGGGGAGCAUCAAGAAUCAUUUCAAAGCCAAAUCUCUAGUUUCAUCAGAUGGAUUGGCAGAGCCUGUCAAGGAACAUUAUGACUUAAACUGUGCUACUUCCAUAUCUGCGGGGAGUCCAAGCAGAAGCAAUUCAAAAUUUGAAAAAAAUCGUAUGCAGAGUAUAUCAAAGGAUGAAGAGGUUGAUACUUCAGUUUUUGCACGAUACAGAAUUCUAAAAGGUCGUGAUGACGUUGCUUUGUCUGGUCUGGUUGAACCACAGGAACUUAAUGCAAUAAAAUCUUCUGUGGACAGGGAGAAAGGGGAGAUGAAAGAACUGUCACCAAACCAAGCUGAUAAGAAUGCCUUCGAGAAGAAGGGAGUCAUCAAAUCACAUAAUGCGAGUAAAUUUGUGGUUGCUAGUCCUAAGAACCUGAAAGGCGAGAAGCUUCUUGCUUUGGAUCAUGGAGUGGGAAGUGGGCUCUUACUGAAUAAUACAGACUCUCCAGGAGUUCAAGAAUCACAUCUUUCAGCCACAGGUGGCUCUGUGAUCCAAUCUUACAACCCUAGAAGCCUUGGCAAACGGUUGUUGUCGAGUGGCAGCGGCAGCCCUUCUUCUGAGUGGGAGCAUGUGCUGAAGGAUGAGUUCACUUGGUAGAACAUUGCCUUGGAACUGGAAUUUGACUGAAUUGCUUUUACCCGUCAUUAUGUGGUAAACUUGGAAUAUUUCACUUUGUAUAUAUUUUGACAGACAAUGUUUAAUGCUUAUAUAUAUAUUUGCUGAAACUAAAAAUAGAAUGUUUUAUCAGUGGAUGUGCAACUUUUGUGGAUAUACAUGCAUGCGGGCUUGGGUA